GGAGUGCGGCAGAGAUAGCGCAGAACAGAUAUAUUAUGUGUAAUGGAUUUGAAGGAAUAUUCACGAAUCGCCGUUAAAAUGGUGGCUGUUCGGUGAUAGGCGAAUUGCUGAUCAGACAACGAUAAGUUCGCUGCAUAGAGUGUGUAGGUAGAUCAAUUCCUUUGUUGCAUUCCCCAGUCCUAUCAAUUUCACUCCAUCUCAACUCUCCAAACCCAAUUUGAAAAUGUCCGCCUCCUCCAACUCCCAGACACGCUACAAGCUCGUCUAUCGCGUCCUCCCAUCUCACCUCUCCGCGACAAAGGAUGCCAUAUUCGCUGUGGGCGGUGGAGUGUACGCCGAUGGAAAAUACAUCAAAGUCUGUUUUGAAAUCCCGGGGUUUGGGCAGUUUUUGCCAGUAGCAGAGAAGGGGGCUGUGCCUCACACAGGGAAAGUAGGGGUUUUAGAACGAACGGAGGAGGUUUUGGUGCAUAUUUUGUGUACCGGGGAGGAAGUCACAAGGAAAGCGGUUGAGGCAUUGAAGAGGACACACCCAUACGAAGAAGUGAGUUAUGAGGUUUAUAAACUAGAGGACUUUUGAAGUUUUCGAAUCAUAUCACAGGAUAUGCAGCAAUCAAUCUCUUACCCACAUCCAAAUCUAAAAGCGAUUCAUACGGCGUCGUGUGAGAUAGCUACUAGCCAGCAUAAAAAACAUUAUAACAGCAUACGACGAACAUUUCUUACAGUAUAUCUUCGCACUUAGAUGUUUAAUUGUGAAAUAUUGAAA